AUGUGGUGCUAUAAAUGGCGAUACUCAUUGACGACGCCGACUACGAUGCCGGCGAAACGUCUGGGAAUGUACCACGUCCACGAUCCUACUCUGGAAAUGAUCAUACAGACAUUGGACUCCGGACUAGGCUACAAACUCGUCAAAGAGACAACCGAAAACGGUUGCAUUGUCACUCCUCUUUCUGUCCUGGCCUAUCUAUCCACUCUUUACCCUUUAAUCCCACUGCCGCCAUAUCACAACUUCUCACUUGUUUACAUCCCACUCGUCAAAAAUGUAUGCACCUUUGUGGCAAAUCUUGUGUGGCUUCAUCCCACUUGCUAUUUACCCCUACCUCUCUCUGUCGAUCGGCUGAUCCGACUCGGCCUCCAAUCCGGAUCCCCUCAUUGUCUCGUAGAUCCGUAA